GUCACGCCCACAGCGCCCCCUUUCGGCCCGGACGGCCCACCACGCCCCGGUGCCUGUGAAGGGGUACCAUGUCAGCCGUAGCAUGUCCCAGCAUUCCUCCGGUGGUGGCGGACCCUGCCACUGCCCACCUGAGGACUGUGACGGCCCGAGCAGAGAGUACUACCAGGGUCACAGCGAUGGUAACUAUUACCCCCCAGGUCAGGCUGAGGCCCUGGCGCUGGAGAGGCACCAUUCCCAUUCCCAUAGCCACUCUGGAGGGGGAACCUUCCCCCGCUCUCACCCAAGCCAGCAUCCACCUCUCCAGUCGUUUGACUCUUGCGAAGAGUGCGUGUCCUCAGGCCACGGAGGGAAGAUGCAUCGUGUUCCCUCGAACAUGAUUGACCAAUUUGAGAAGCAGGUGCCCUUUCAUCCCGAUGGCUUCCACACACUGCAGUACCAGCGCACUGCUAGCGGGGGUGCUGAGCCGCGCAGCGAGAGCCCCUCGCGUAUUCGCCACCUGGUCAACUCUGUGCAGCGCCUCUUUGCCAAGUCCCAUUCCCUGGAGGCGCCGGCCAAACGGGAGUACAACGGCACGAGAGGUGGCGGCGGGGAUUACCGUGGUGAAAGAGGAGGAGGCCACAGGAGUGGAGGGGAGGAUGGCGGAGGCCACUAUUCAGGUCACCAGCCUCGCUCUACCAGGAGGAGCAAGUCUCGAGAGCGUAGCAAGAGCGGAGACUCACGGCACGAGUCGGGCAGACGCCAUCGCAGCAGGACAGCAGGCUGGUGGAGCUCUGACGACAACCUAGACAGCGACAGCAGCUACCUGGUCAGCGGGGGAAGACGAGGGUAUCCCAGCGGACAUGAGAGCCUGGAUGCAGCUAUCCAGGAGCUCACUAUGAAGAGGCCCAAGGAGCGUGGUGGUGGCGGUGGUGGUGGUAGUGCAGGUGGUGGUGGGGGUGGGGGUGGUGGUAUGCCGACACCUGGAGAGUGUGUGGCCUGUACCACAAUGGCUCUGGCCGGGACUGAAGGAGGAGGACACCAUGGACACCACGGCCACUCCCUGAAAAGAAGCACCUGGUCAGCCAUGACAGUGAGUCAGGCCAGAGAGGUGUACCCUUCCACCAGGGGAGGAGGCUACGAGAAAGCCCUUGUGCCCUUGGAGAGUAAGCUGAAGGAGAGGACCUUCCACUACCUGCAGGUCCCUUCAGAUGACUGGGGUGGCGGAUAUGUCGGUGGCGGUGCAACAGAUAGCGGAGGAGAGAUUCCAUGCCGCCGCAUGCGGAGCGGCAGCUACAUCAAGGCCAUGGGAGACGACGACAGUGCUGACUCAGACACCAGUCCAAAAGCCUCGCCCAAGUCCACCCUGAUCGCCCAGAGAGAUGCCUUUAGACGAUCUAUCAGCAUGGAUCAAAGGUUCUCGUGUAAGCAGUGUACAGACUCCUACCCCAACAGCCGAACUACACCCAAAAGCCAAACCCGCUCUCGUAGUUACACCCGCUCUCUGACCAGCUCACAGCUGGGAGACACGUUGAACCGUCAGUUCGAGGCCGUGUGUGAGACCAUGUUCGGGGAGGUGGAGUCUCAAGCCGUCGAGGCCCUGGACCUUCCUGGUGUGUUCCGCACUCGCAGCCACAGCUACGUCCGAGCCAUCCAGGCCGGCUGUUCCCAGGACGACGACUGCCUCUCUGUCUUCUCCAUGUCGGGCCCCCAGGGAAGCAUCAAGGCCGGGGCCGUCUUUCCUUAUCGCAAAGGUGCUCCUCCCCCGCUCCCACCUCGCAUGUCCAAGUCUUCACUCUCGGUGCGAGGCCAGAGCAGCACCGAGUCCACCCAGGACGCCUACUUCCAGAGCGGCGGACAGUUGGCCUCAAGCUCAGGCUCUGGGCGCCCCAAGCAGCACAGCAACUCCGUGGACCUGGGCAGCUCUGACGGCCCCUCAGGUCGCUCCUCCAGAGGAGGCUACUACACCACCACGGGCCCUGGACGGUCCCGACAACACAGUAACUCGGCAGAGAGCCUAGAUGGAGUCAGGGGCUCGCGGGAGCUGGUGCCGUAUGGAGGAGGUCCGGGAGUUAGGGCCAAACACAGCAGCUCCGCCGACAGUCUGCUGGAGGGGCCACCGAGGCCGGCCAGGGAGAGGGAUGGCAGGGUCGGGGGCAGCCUGGGGAAGUCAGUCUCCCUGCCUCAGAACAGUGUCGUGCUGAGUAAAGCAGGGGGACAGGACGACGGGCGUAGUGGGAGAAAGUGGAGGCCAUCCAUAGCUGUGCAGGUGGACAGCUCAGAGACUCUGUCGGAUUCAGACCCAGAUGGCAAAGCUCUCACAGAGGUUCACUCUAUAGGAGUCCAAGUUGAAGACGACAAACGGCGUGCUCGCUUUAAGCGCUCCAACAGCGUGACGGCGAGUGUGCAGGCCGACCUGGACCCCGAGGGCUUCCCCGGGCUCAGCAUCGCCGUGCCAACGCAGGACAAGAGUCUGCAGUUCGGCUGUUCCUUCCAAAGGCACUCGUCGGAGCCGGAGUCAGCUAGCCAGUACGCAGAGUGCCACCGCACCGUGCACACACAGGGACAGUGGGCCUACAGAGAGGACUUAAUCCAGGGUGGUUAUACCACUGAGCCCUGCCCAGCGGACCCACGGCCCCAUCAGCACCCGCACUUGCCUCCGCGUUCCCACUCACCUCUUCCCAUCACAUCUGAGAGAGCGUGGGCGGGGACGCCGUCCCUGGAGGGCCCCCGGAGCCUGCCCGACUCGGGACGAGCCUCGCCCUGCAUGAGAGACGGAGAAUUCUUCUUACGCCUCCUGCAGACAGAGGUGGAGAGGAUGGAGGGCUGGUGCCAGAACAUGGAGAGAGAGGCAGAGGAGAACGAACUGCCAGAGGAGAUUCUUGAGCUGAUACGAAAUGCGGUUGGCAGUGCCCAGAUGCUCAUGUCUCAGAAAGUCCAGCAGUUCUUCCGCCUCUGCCAACAAAGUGUGGACCCUUCAGCGUACCCUCAGCCCACCUCUCAGGACCUGGCAGGCUUAUGGGACCUGCUCCAGCUCAACAUAGAGGACGUCAGGGUCAAGUUUCAGGACCUCCAGAGGCUCAAGGACUCUAGUUGGAGGCUCCCGCCUGAAAAGAAGGAGGACAAGAAGCUUCCUCCUCCCUUACCAAAGAAGCCAGCAGGCGGGGUGAGUGGCAGCCUCCGGGCUGAUAGUGUCGGGGAUGGGGCCGCCGGUGGUGGAGGAGGUGGGUCCGGCGGCCUGGUGGUGCCUCGCAUUGGUGGACAUACCCUCCCCAUCAGGGAGAAGUCCCUGGACCUCGGGGACCGUCAGAGGACAGAAGCGAGGAGGAGGCUGCUGCAGACAAAGCGUACCGCCUCCUUCAGGCAGAACUCGGCCACGGAGAGCGCAGACAGCAUCGAGAUCUACAUCCCCGAAGCCCAGACUCGACUCUGAACACAAGAUCGUGGCGUCUCCAACCCACCUCCUCACUCAGCCUCAGCCCCUUGCGAAGCUGACCUGCGCAUCAAUCUCAGUCUUUCUCUGAGCCCAGUUUUGGAUCUUCUGCAGGUCAUCGUCGUUUAUCUGCUACCCUCCCUUCAGCAUUUACAUCACUCCACGUACCACCACCACCACUGCAAAUUCACUUCUCUUGCUCAUUAAACAAGCAAUGACCGCCAUUUUAGUGUCUUGAAAUUUGGACAUUUUACUGACACAGAAGCCUAGACCUGAAACGGUAGCUAGCAGAUAUGAGUUAUAGACUUUUUUAAAGAAUUCUCUGAAUUUCCUUUUGGCUAAUAAGCAAGAAACAGUUCACUUUUAUAACAGUUAUCAGCGGAGGUUCACGCAGUAGUAGCAUGCCUGUGCGUGUUCAUCUAGCACUUCUCCAUCAUUGAAAAUAAAGGGCUUAACAGGCACAAAACCUCUGCAGAGACGAGAUGACACAAUCUCCGUUAGGAUCCCCUGUUGCCAUCUCCUGAAUGCUACCAGUGUGGAUGAAUAAACAUGGAUUCAUUUCUCACCAUCAGUUUAAAUGCCCUAAAGUCAGAUGGUUGGCAAUCCCCAAAGAACAUUCUCCAAGCAUAGUCAGUCAACUACAGCUGGCACUUUUCACCCAGUUGCCAUCUGUCCACCCAGGCACACAGUCAAAGAAUAUGAAACUAUUUUCUCUUUCCCUCAUUCCUCCCGCGUAUCCAUCGACUACCCUCAGCAUUCAGCAGUGAGGCUGUUUGAAUGUGCAAGUGCUAUUUGUACAUAGUGUGCACACUCGUGUUUGCUAAAAGGAGCUUUGGCGGUGUAGCAUCACAGCCUUGACAGCUAGAGAGCAUCACAAACACACACACACACACACACACACAACAACAAAAAAGAGCCAUUUUCUUUUUAUGUAGUCUCUCUGAAGU